GAUUCAAGCUUCAGUUCCUAUAAAUCAGUCUCAAAUUUUCCACGCACCAGUCUCUCUAUCACCAUCAAUUCUUUCAUUACCCCUCUUCGGAAGGGUAAGAUUCAAGUGAGAACAAUAGAGGCAGUGAAGCUAAUUUGCUUGGAGACUAUUACAAAUUAGAGGUCAUGAAUGAAAAACAACGUGGUCUACUUCUUAGGGAAUCUGAUCGCUUCCCACCUCCACAAGGAGUGAGGUUAUCUUAUGGAACGGCAGGUUUUAGGGAAGAUGCAUCGGUGCUUCUAUCGACGGUGUAUAGGGUGGGAAUCCUAGCGGCUUUGAGAGCAUUGAAAACCGGGAGAGUGAUCGGGUUGAUGAUCACGGCCUCUCACAAUAAAGUAUCUGAUAAUGGGGUAAAAGUUGCUGACCCGAGUGGUGGAAUGCUCACCCAAGAGUGGGAGCCCUUUGCCAAUGCCCUUGCCAACGCGCCUUCCUCGCAAGAUCUUGUUCGAUUAAUCAAUGAGUUUGCGGAGAAGGAAAAUAUCUUAUUAGAUGGAUCAAAAUCAGCUCAUGUUCUGGUGGCAAGAGAUACGAGGCCAAGUGGAGAAGUACUACUUGAUGCUGCUAAACAUGGAAUUGGCUCAAUCAUUUGGGUUGAUGCUCGUGAUAUGGGAAUUUUGACGACCCCACAGUUGCAUUGGAUGGUUCGUAUACAGAAUAAAGGCUUGAGAGGAUCAGAACUUGAUUACUUCUAUGAGCUCUCAGAAUCCUUCAGGUGCUUGUUCAAUUCAAACCCAAAUAAUAGUAAACUCAAUGAUUGGGAUAACCAGUUGGUUGUUGAUGGGGCUAAUGGUGUUGGUGGACAGAAGUUAGAACUUUUGAAGGAAAAGUUGAAUGGUCUAGCUAUUGAGAUUCGUAAUUCAGGAAAAGGAGAAGGUGUACUCAAUGAAGGAGUAGGUGCUGAUUUUGUUCAGAAAGAGAAGAUAGUUCCAUGUAGCUUUGGUUCACAAGAUGUUGGAAUCAGGUGUGCUAGUUUUGAUGGAGAUGCUGAUCGACUCGUAUAUUUUACUGUGCCAUCAGAAAGUAGAAAUAGGAUCAAUCUUGUUGAUGGGGACAAGAUAUUAUCUUUAUUUGCUAUAUUCAUCAAGGAACAGUUAACAAUUUUGGCCGCAAGGAGCAAGACCAGCAAAAUUGCCUUUCAGCCCCGCCUUGGUGUUGUGCAAACUGCUUAUGCAAAUGGAGCAUCAACUCGAUAUCUUAAAGAGUUGGGACUGGAAGUAGAGUUCACUCCAACGGGAGUAAAGUACUUGCACGAGAAAGCCGCUGAAUAUGACAUUGGGAUCUAUUUUGAAGCAAAUGGUCAUGGGACUAUCUUGUUCUCAGAUUACUUCCUUACCGUGUUACAACCCAUUUAUUGGGAGCUAUCUGAUAUAUCUGCAGAUUCGGAACCAUGCAAGGCAGCCUUGAGAUUACUAGCCGUCAGCCAAUUGAUCAACCAAGCUGUGGGAGAUGCUCUGAGUGGCUUGCUUCUAGUUGAGGCUAUUCUACGACACAAAAAUUGGUCGAUUCAUAAAUGGAGUGAGCUUUAUCAAGACUUACCGAGUAGGCAGCUCAAGGUGAAAGUUGUUGAUAGAACUGCAGUCGAGACAAACAACGCAGAAACGGAGGUUGUGAAGCCACCUGGGAUACAAGAAGCAAUCAAUUUGGAAACAGCAAAAUAUCCUGAAGGACGUUGUUUCAUAAGACCAUCAGGAACCGAGGAUGUUAUUCGUGUUUACGCAGAGGCAUCUACGCAGGAAGCAGCGGAUGAUCUAGCAACCUCAGUAGCGAAACUAGUAGACCAAUUCCUCGGGGCUGGCAGCUCGAAGUAAGCAGACAGAUUAAGGAACGACCAUUAUGUGCAUGAUGGUUCCACUUAAAUCUUUCCAUGGAUGCUUAUAAACUUAUGAACCUGAAGUUUUAGUAUUUCUAUAAUUUAAUAAUUGCUGAAGUAAUUCAUUCUUUGAGCUUCGUCAGCAAGUGAUUCUUUUUCUUUUAGAUGUAUGCUUUUGCAUUCUCCACAAGAGAACAUCGGAAUUGAACAGACUUUUCAGUAGCAUUUGCCUGUCUUUAUGUUUCA